AGCUUGAAAAUGUGAGAUCGUGCUCAGGGAUUCGGAUUCGGUCGGUGGAAUUGCCAUAUCAAAACUGAAAACUGGCAAAAAAAACAUCCGCCCCAAUCAUAUCUGUGAUUUCUAUAUAGUAACCAGGUUACGGCAAACAUAAUACAAAUAUAUAAUAAAUCAAAGUGUAGUGCUGAUAAACCCUGAAAACAAAGAAUAUACCUGCCGUAUUUUCAUAUAUAUAUAUUGUGUAAACUAAAGAUCAGCUAAUCAUCUAGAUUGAGGUAUCAUGAAAUCCACAAUUUCUUUGCUUCUGGUUGUCAUCUGCACCGUGGUCCUGGCCGCCCAACAGAGUCAAGCGAAAAAGGGAUGCCAGGCCUUUGGACAUGUGUGCUACGGUGGACAUGGCAAGCGUUCCCUUAGCGCUGGAUCUGGGACCGGCACGGGUGUGGGAAUGGGUGAAACAGCCUCCGGUGGUCAGGACCAGGACUAUAUUCGUCCAAAUGGCCUGCUGCCGAUGAUGGCGCCAAACGAACAGGUUGCGGUAUCGCCCGAGGGCGACUUUAAUGACUAUCCCGCUCGACAGGUGCUCUACAAAAUCAUGAGAUCAUGGUUCAAUCGUCCCCGACGACCGGCUGCCCGUCUCAGUGAACUGGAUUAUCCUUUAGCCAAUUCUGGGGAGAUUAAUGCCCUAAAUUAAAGCCACAAAAUCACGUAGACACUCACAAUUCCUCAACCUGCAAAACAAGAACAACAACUGGAACGAACCUCAAGAACAGGAGCAACAACAACAGAAAGACAAACAGACAACAAACAACAUCAGCAGCAACAAAAACCAUAUGAAUUACUAAUGAAUGUUAAUCACUUUCGCAACUUGUAUAAAAUGUUUGAUAAAUGUCUACACAUACAGCAAUCAAUUUUCAUGCUAAUCGCUUAGGCAUCAAACUGCUAAGU